GACGAUCCGGGGGCAGGAAGGCAUUUUGUAUUUAGAGUUUAACACCUUACAUGGUCCGGCAAUUCGGAGGCUAUAGUGAUUAAACAAGAAGAUUCACAGGAGUAAAGCACAUGACGUCAUUUCUUCAGAAUAAUUCGAGAACGAUAGACACACGGGUGAGUCAGACUUUAAGCGGAACAUAGUGGGAGGGUUGUUAUUUUCAGCAGUGAUGUAACGUCAGGUUUUGUAUUUAAACUCACACCAUGCUGCGUGCGAUAUUCUGUAGUUUUCAACUCCUCCCAGUUAUACACAGCCCAGCAGAGUUAUUACCGCUCAUUAACGCUUCCUGCUCUAAUGUGGUGACUGAUUUGGUUUACUUUGUUUUCGUGAUGCUCGUUGGGAGAAUGUUACAGAACAGCACGCGCGUCGGAUUUCUCGCACGUGAGGUGAUUGGACGGACGGACGGACAUGUCCCGCUUUCAACCCCUCCUCCCCCCCACACGUUGUCCCAGGGGUGAUUACACACUCGGACAUCCUUUUCUUGUGAAGUCUAAUAUAUUUACUGUACAUUACAUGCAAAUUUAGCUUUCGUUUCAAAAAUCAUACGCGUUAUCUGUGCGUGUUUCUUUAAAAAUAGCCACGUCUACAUGGGAACUUUACGAGUGUUUAUUACCCCCCUUAAAAUAUACUGGGGAACGCGUCCCGUCUCCAAACACACACACACACACACACACACACAUUCUCUGACUCCUCCACCCGUGCUCCCAUAGAGCGCAGAACGGCACGAGCUCCCGUGAACAACCCAGGUACACUUUUACUUUCUGUUUUAUACGGAAGAGUUUUGAGGUAACCACAUGUCUACAGGUGGUUCCCCGUACCAAAACGUCUCGGAAAAGUUUUGCUCUCUGUCCAUUAUCCCGCUCUGUUUUUGUGAACCGAGUCAAAUCAUAAAGGCGAUAGAUUUAGCGUCCAGACUCAACGGCUUCCUGUCCGGUUAAUAUUUCAGAGUUUGAAGCUGAAUUGUGAACAAUGAACAAUAGCAGUAGCAUCAAGGAAGGAACGGCACUCAACCUGACUGAUUAUGAUUACACCAAUGAAUUUCCUGCGGUGUGUGAAUACGGAACACAUGCAAGCUGGUUUCUCCCAGUGCUCUACUCUCUGUUCUUCGUGGUGGGCUUCCCUAGCAACAUGCUGGUGCUGUGGGUGAUGUUAAAAGGUGUUCAGCUGAAAACCAUGACUGAUGUGUCUCUUGUUAACCUGGCCAUUGCUGACCUUCUUCUAAUCCUCACUCUCCCCUUCCUGGCUCACUAUGCCAGAGAUACCUGGGUAUUUGGUAACACCAUGUGCACUCUGGUCCUCAGUGUGUACUACAUUGGAUUUUAUGCCGGUAUUUUCUUUAUUGUGCUGAUGACCACAGAGAGAUACUUGGCUAUAGUUCAUUCCUUGUUUGCCAUGAGAUUCCGAACAAAGUCCUUGGGGAGUUUAGCAAGCAUGAUUGUCUGGAUUGUAGCUGUUGCAGCAUCAUUUCCUGAGCUACUGUAUCUUGGAGUUGAACCAUUUGAAAAAGAAUUACUUUGCAGCGCUUAUCCAAAAAAUAAAGAAAGUCACAAUAAUGUGAGAAGUGCAGCUUUCAUUAAAAUGAAUGUUUUAGGCAUGCUGAUUCCAUUGAUUAUUGUGGGAUUUUGUUACGCGAUGGUGCUCCGGAAGCUUCAGUCCUGUCCAACUUCCAAGAAACGGGCCAUUCGUCUUGUCGUUGUGGUCAUGGUGGUUUUCUUCUGCUGUUGGAUACCAUACAACAUUGCAGCAUUCCUCAAAGUACUGGAACUGAAGGGCAUCAUUCCUCAAAAGUGUGAUCUCAGCAAAAAUAUCCAGCUCAUGCUGCAAGUCACUGAAGCUGUAGCAUAUUCACACAGCUGCCUCAAUCCUUUCCUCUAUGUGUUUGUGGGAGAAAAGUUCAAGAGGCAAUUCGCCAGGCUCCUCCUUCAGACACCAUGUAUCCAUCUGCAGUGUAUGAAUCGCUAUUUAACCCGUUCUGCAGGAUCGGAGCAUGCACAGACCAGAAAUGUGGACAAACUUUCACUUGCCAUCUAAAUAAUGGAGGAACAUGAAACUGUAUAAAUAAUUUUUUUUUAUUAUUAUUUUACAUUAUGUUAUGCUGGAUUAAAUGGUGAAAAUGUUAGAGUUUGUAUCUGCAUGUGUUAUACACAGCCAAAAAAGUCACACACUCUAACAUUUUAUUGGAUCACCAUAUAUUUUUAUUAUGGCAUGCAUUCACUGUGGCAUCUUUUUAGUAAGCUUUUGCAAUGUCACCACAUUUAUUUUUGUCUAGAGUCAAUUAAUUCUUCACCAAGAUUUUGUAUUGAUGAUGGGAGAGUCUAUAUAAAUAUUCCAAAGAUUUAAUAGAGUAAAGGUCUGGAUUCUGUGGUGGGAUUUAAUCCAUGCAUGAAAAUGUCUCGUGCUCAAAACCAUUUUUCUUUUUUUUACAAUUUGAGUCCAAUGAAACCUGGCAUGUUGGAAUAUGUUGAUGCAAUCAUUCAAGGAUAAAUCCAUUGAUGUAAAAUCCUGGCUACACAUGUAGCGCAUACAGUGGCGCCUGACUAUCCAAUAUGCUGGAAGCACAAAAUUCUCUAGAUAGUUUUUUCUAUACUUACGUUCCUUUGUGUGUUUAAGUUCCCGUUGAUUUGAAACUAAAAGGCUUAAACAUGUUCCAGCAUGAUCACUUCCCAUGUGCACUAUAUGAGGUUCAUGGUUUGCCAAGAAUGAAGUGGGAGAACUUGAUUUGACUGCACAAACCCUCACUUUAACCCCAGUGAACACCUUUGGGAUGAAUUUGAAUCAUAACUGCCUCUCAGCCCUUUCUGCCUGACAUUGAUUAAAGUGGGGACUAAUGGAAAGUUGGUCAAGUGUCCACAUACUUGUUGGUCAAUUUUGAUUUGUAACAUACAGUAUGAAGAUUUUGCUAUUAUUUUCUCCAUUUUACUGCACUAACAGUACUAUACAUAUACUGUAGUAAUUACAGUAAAACAUAUACUUAUUUAACCUCCACCUUAUAGUUAUUAUUAUAAGUGUAAUUACAAUGCCAAAAUUUGCACUGAUGUGUAUACAUUACUAUUUUGCACUUCUGGUAGAUAUAUUCUACCUGUAUUAUGCAAUAACAAUAAAGUUGUACCUAUUUACCUAGCAAUCUACCUACAUACUUAUUUUCUUUUCAAUUAUAUAUAAAUAGCAUAUUUUAAGGUUAACUGGGUCAUUAUAUACAGUAUAAUACAGUAAAAAUCACAGCAUUUUAAAUGAAUGUGCUAGUAAAAUAAUUAGGAUAGUUUUGAGGUGACUUUAUCUUAAGUUAUUUAACAGAUUUGUGAUGUGUUUUUUAUUUUUUAUUUUUUAAAGCUCGUUUACAUGGUUCAGUAUAGAUUUAACCUCCUCUUCUAGCUGAUCUGACACACUCAACAUUUCUGUGAUCUGGAAGAAUUAAGACGGGUUAUUUCCCCCCUUCCCAGCUAAUGUUAUAAAUUGCAUAUAGCGUAAUUGUGCCAUAUUAGCCCCACAUUUACAAGGCUACAGCAUGCAUUGGUGGAGCCAACCCAUUGACCGGCAGGGAAAAGAACAACAAACAAGGACAUGACAGUACAUUUGAACAAGUUUUACCUUAAAAUUGAAAUUAUUUACUAAGUCUAUACAAUGUGUUUAAUAUUUGUCUUUUCUAAAUAGUAAAAAGGUUUCUAAAAAGGUAAAUGUAUACAACAAUGGAAUCUGUAAUUUAGACAUACUGGUAGAGUAAAUACUGUACAUUCGACAUUUAUGGUAUAUUUUUAUUCAUUUUACCUACAUUUUAUUUUUAGAGUAAAGUUCAUGUUGGCUCCACCAGUGCAUGCUGUAGCCUUGUAGAAAAAAUUGCAACGUCCUGCAAUUCUGUGAUGUGCUAUUUUGGAUUUUAUGAUGUUAUGGUGUUUAAUAAUGCUUUAUACUUUCUACAGUUUUUUUCUCAAAAGUGCAACUUGGAAUCUCUCCUAAAAAGUUUUAUCAUGGAUCUUAAAAAUAGUCUAAAUCAAGAAACAAUAGUCUAAUAAACAAUCAAAAAUGACAGCAAUGGAGUUUAGCUUUUUUUCCCCAGAUGCAAAAUUGUUUGUUAUAGACAUAUAUUAUGCAUUAUUAUAAGCUGCCAACCUUAUAACAUACACAAACUUACAACUAAAUUUUCAUAUAGAACCAACACAAAAAUACCGUAGGAAAACAAGCAAGACAGCAGAAGUACAGAAAGGUUACAAUUUCUGAAAAUAAGACAUUUUCUCAAGAUCAUUUUUCUUAGGACUGAGCAUCUGUUUCAUGAUAAAGGAUAAAAGAGUCAAGAACAUGGAUUAUAUGAAUAUUAAAUGGUAAUUCUAUAUAUAAUUACAGUAAAUGUUGUGUAAUAUCAGUUUCUGUUCCCAUACAUUAUUACAGUCAGACACUUAACAGUCCUUUACUCACUACUAUAGCUUCCCUUUUAUUCUCUCUAAAUAUAAGACAAAAAAAGCUGGUUGGAUGUUACCAAGAAACCACAGAAGACUGCUUGUAUUAAUUGUAGCAAUAAAAUCAGAUUUGAGAGAUAAUUCUAUUACUGUAAGCGACAUAGCUGAGAAUAUAACAGGUUUUCCUAGUUAUUCUCACUUACUCACUCACUCAUCGUCUAUACCACUUUAUCCUGUAUUCAGGGUCACAGGGACCUGGAGCUUAUCCUAGGAGACAUAGGGCACAAGGCGGGGUACACCAUGGAUAGGGUGCCAGUCCAUCGCACAUACACUCACUCACACACACAUUCACACACUAUGGGCAAUUUGGAAACACCAAUAAGCCUAAGGGUUUAAUAUAAUGUUGGCACUUUCCACAAGGUUUAGGAGUGUGUUUAUGGGAAUUUUUGACCACUCUUCCAGAAGUGCACUUGUAAGGUCAGACACUGAUGUCGGACGAGAAGGCCUGGCUCCCAGUCCUGACUCUAAUUCAUCCCGAAGAUGUUCUAUCAAAAGUUCAUUUAUUUCAGUAAUGCAACUUUAAAAGAUGAAACUAAUAUAUGAGAUAGACUCAUUACAUCAAGCUGUGAUUUGUCAUAAUUGACAAUAAUUAUAGGAUGAUUAUGGCUUACAGCUCAUGAAAACCCCAAAUCCACAAUCUUGGAAGAUUAGAAUAUUGUGAAAAGGUUCAAUAUUCUAGGCUCAAAGUGUCCCACUUUAAUCAGCUAACUAAGCCAUAACACCUGCAAAGGGUUCCCAAACCUUUAAAUGGUCUCUCAGUCUCAGUAGGAAGCACAAUCAUGGGAAAGACUGCUAACCUGACAGAAAACCAUCAUUGACAUCCUCCAUAAGGAGGGAAAGCCUCAAAAGGUAAUUGCAAAAGAAGUUGCAUGUUCCCAAAGUGAUGUAUCAAAGCACAUUAAUAGAAAGUUAUGUGGAAGAAAAAAGUGUGAAAGGAGAAGGUGCACAAGCAGCAGGGAUGAUUGCAGCCUUGAGAGGGAAAAGGCCAUUUAGAAGUGUUGGGAACUUUCACAAGGAGUGGACUGAGGCUGGAGUCAAUGCAUCAAGAACCACAAAACAGAGAUGAGUCCUGGACAUUGGUUUUAAAUGUCGUAUUCCUCUUGUCAAGCCAGCCGCUUCUGAACAAAUGCUGAAGAGCUGAAGGCCGCUAUUGAAGCAUCUCUGGUCUUCCAUAACACCUCAGCAGUGCCAUAGGCUAAUAGCUUCCAUGCUGCAUUAAGGUAGUAAUUGCUGCAAAAGGGGCCCAAACCAAGUACUGAGUACAUAUGCAUACUGCAGUCCAAUAUGUUCUAUGUACAAUCCUAGUUUUAUUGAUUGCAUGUAAUAUUUUAAUUUUCUGAGAUUGUGGAUUUGGGGGUUUCAUGAGCUGUAUGCCAUAAUUAUCUCAUUAAUGAAAAAUUAUGACAACUGUUUAACUGUUAUAAUAUUACAUAUAUCUGUGUGUGUGUGCAUAUAUAUGUAAUUUAAGUCACAGUGGGAACCAUGCAUUCAGGAACUGUUCACACUUUCUGUGUCUACACAGCAGUUAUCUUUCUAUUGUACAGACCAAAGGACAGUUUUUCACUGAUCUAAUGUCCAUUCCUCAUGCUACUUGGCACAAACAAGUCUGUUGUUCUUCCAAAGUAAUGCAGUCACCUCUAUACACUGUUGAAAUGCCUGCUUGAACUCUGUGAAGCAUUUGUGUGGGCUCUUAUCUGAGGUGCUCUAAAUAUAUUAACACACUUAGCUGUAGCACUAAUAGCAGUAGCAUUAAUAGUUGCACUAUUGACUAUGUACCCACCAUUUUAUUCUCUCAAGCACAUUAAGAAGGCAAGAAAUGUCAUAUGUUAACAUGUGAGAAGGCACACCUGUGAUUUGAAAACAAUUUGAGGCAGGAAAGACUUUGGAAAAUGUAAAAGUUUUUUGUUGACUACAUGUUUUUUUACUUGU